AUGCCGGGCUUAUUUGAAAGAGAGGGCAGUGGUCACCACUUGCUCACUGACCGUACCAGACACAUCUUCUGCCCUGGGUGCGCAGACGGAUUGGGACUCUCACACCCCACCUCUGAUAACCGUCACUGCCCGGCCUGUCAAACCGUUCUUUUCAACCCUGACGAUGCCGUUUCCACAAUUCUCAACCCUACGGAGGAUUAUAAGACCAGUGUAUUGAGCGGGUUGGAUCCCAGUACUAUCAUGGAGUGUGCCGGCCGCGCACUGGGGUUUUGGGCAUAUCAAAGUAUACAAGAAAUGUAA